CACAGCCCCAUGUACUUCUUCCUGCUCAACCUCGCCCUCCUCGACCUGGGCUGCAUCUCUACCACUCUCCCCAAAGCCAUGGCCAAUGCCCUCUGGGACACCAGGGACAUCUCCUAUGCAGGAUGUGUUGCCCAGACCUUUCUGUUUGUCUUUCUCAUGUCAGCAGAGUAUUGCAUUCUUACCAUCAUGUCCUAUGACCGCUACGUUGCCAUCUGCAAGCCCCUGCCCCCCUCAAUUUCCUCACCAUCCCUGGACCUGGUGGUGUCAUUUCUGUACUCGGUGGUGCCUCCAGCACUGAACCCCCUCAUCUACAGCAUGAGGAACCAGGAAUUCAAAGAUGCUCUGUGGAAACUGAAGAACAAAUGUGUUUCAAAAGCAGUCAACUGCCCACCUAUUUAUAUCUAA